AUGUCGACCAAGCAUUUCUUUGCCGAACCCAGAGCCCUCGUGCCACUGGCUCUGCAAUCUUUCGUCCAGAGGCAUCCCAAUCUGGACUUAGAUCCUGUCAACAGAGUCGUCUUUUCAAAAUCCCAUCAGCCCUCCCAGAUUGCCAUCAUUUCUGGCGGGGGCAGUGGCCAUGAACCAGCCUGGUCCGGCUACGUUGGCGAUGGCAUGUUGGCCGCUGCCGUGUGCGGUGAUAUCUUCGCCAGCCCUUCCACAAAGCAAAUCAUGGCCGGUAUCCGAAGCGUCCCGUCAAAUGUGGGCAUCAUUCUCUGCAUAACAAACUACACAGGGGACAAGCUGCACUUUGGCCUGGCCCGCGAAAAGGGUCUCGCCCUCGGUCAUCGUGUCGACGUUGUCAACAUGUCGGAGGAUGCUGCCUUGGGCAAGGAAAAGGCCGGUCUUGUCGGUCGACGAGGCCUCGCUGGCAAUCUUCUAGUCCUGAAACUUAUUGGUGCUGCCAAUCACCAAGCCUGGUCUUUUGAUUCUGUCUUGAAACUGGGCAACUUGGGCAACUCCCACCUCGUCACCAUCGGCACAAGCCUUGAUCAUUGUCACGUUCCAGGGAGGUCUCACCACGAGGCCGUCCCCGCAAACGCCUGCGUGCUGGGCAUGGGUAUCCACAACGAGCCAGGACUUCAAACAAUCUCCCCUAUUCCUAGCGCUGAUUCCUUGGUCAAGCAGAUGUAUGCCCAUCUUCUCGACCCGUCCGAUCCAGACCGUGCCUUUGUCACCUUCAAUCCCAAGGAUGAAGUCGUCAUGCUCAUCAAUAAUUUCGGUGGCCUUUCCAACCUCGAAUUGGAGGCUCUCGCCAACAUUGCAGGGUUACAACUAGAGGCCGACUGGGAUCUGUUGCCGAUCCGCAUCUACGCCGGUACCUUUGAAUCCUCACUAAAUGGGCCUGGCUUUUCCAUCACCGUGGGAAACCUGACAGGUAUUGCACAAGCAAUGGAACUGACUGUGUCUGACAUUCUUCAAUUGCUCGACGCCCCGACUACCGCUCCCGCCUGGCCCAAGAACAGCUAUCUCUCUGCCAAGCCGUCCGAGGAAUGUGCACGUUUGCGGGAGAAAGCCAAAGCUGACGCGCAAGCUGCCGCCAGCCAAGACCAGGGCCCUCCUGUGACUGCUAAAAUCAUUCGAGCUCUAACAGAGGCCUGCAAGCGCGCCCGUGCUGCUGAACCAGACAUUACAAAAUAUGACAUUCUGAUGGGUGAUGGCGAUUGUGGUGAAGCUGUUGACAUGGUUUGCAAUUCCAUACUCACAAAGCUGCACUCGGACCUGUCCCCGAACUCGCCGCUAUUUUCCUUUCUUGAACAGGUGGGGGACUGUGUCGAGGACAUGGGGGGCUCACUGGGUGCAAUCUUGAGCAUCUUCCUCACCGCCUUCUCCAGUCAAUUGCGCCAAGCAUAUAGAAGCUCGUCUGACGUUUCCAUCACCACAGUCUCGAAAACCAUCGGCCCCGCUCUUGAUGUGCUGAAGCAGUACACCUCCGCUAGAGUGGGGGAUAGAACUGUGAUGGACGCCCUGAUCCCCUUCUGUGAGACCCUGCAACAGUCUGGAGAACUCGCCAAGUCGGUACAGGCUGCGCAACGUGGUGCUGACACGACCAAGGGUAUGCGUGCGAAAUUUGGCCGUGCUACCUACGUCGGCGAUGAAAAGCUUGAAUCCCAGUCAGACAUACCGCCUGACCCAGGGGCUUAUGCUGCCGCUGUCUUCCUGGGGGGCCUCUCUGCAGCUCUCUUGCAAUAG